CGCGCCGAUUAGUAUAGCAACCGGAGACGGGCCGAGCAAGUGAUGAGCAGCACGAGAAAAACAAAAAGCGAAGGAAGUGUGCCCGAGGAUAGAGCGGCGGCGGCGACAACGACGACGACGAGGAAGAUGACGACGGCGACGGCAGCCAAAUUAGAAAUUGCGCCACCGUCGUCACCCAAGAAACGAGGCAGGAAACCUGCGAGCAAAACAGAGACGGCACCGAAACCGUCGUCGUCGCCAUCGCUGUCGCCGUUGCCAUCGCUGUCGCCGUCGUUGUCGUCGUCAACGUUUCUACGCGUAGAAACAAGAGACGGACCGCCACUAAGGACCAAUAAUGAAAAACCGAUGGAAUCGAGGAAGCUGACGGGAGCGGCGACGAGGACGACGGAGCUGAAGAGAAAGACGGGGGAAGCGGCGGAAGGAAAAGAGAAUUAGCCGGACUCGCUCUUACGCAGGCAGUAAAAGAUAUGGUGCGUCGCACUCUUCAAAAACAAAAUCGGCGCAUUAAAAAAUACCAUUUUAAUGCAUGGCGUAUGCGCCCUGCAAAUGUUCGCUUUUACUCGCCGCUGACGUACCCGCCGCCGACGUACCCGCCUCCGACGUACCCGCCGCCGACGUACCCGCCGCCGACGUACCCGCCGCCGAGGUACCCGCAGCCGACGUACCCGCAGCCGACGUACUCGCAGAAAACGAACCAGUAGCCGACGUACCCGCCGCA